GCUCAGUGCCCAUGCUCGGUUGGAAGUUGUGAGCGAUCAGUUCCGAUGUUGUGCUGCUGUCGGAUUUCUCCCUCUUGAGAUCUCGGCACCAUGUCGUUCCUGAGUAACUCGCCGUCGUAUGGCUCGCUUUCUGGCUUUGAGGACGAUCUCCCAGCCGAUAACCUUUUCAUGUUCGAGAUCGCCUGGGAGGUGGCGAAUAAAGUGGGUGGUAUCUACACAGUCAUCCAAACCAAAACAAAGUUAACAGUGGAUCAACAUGGAGAGAAUUAUAUUUUGAUUGGCCCAUAUGUUGAGAACAGUGUCAAGACACAAGUUGAGCUGAUUGAACCACCGAAUCCAGCCAUUAAAUGCACUAUUGAUUUGAUGAACUCCAGGGGUUGUAAGGUCUAUUUUGGCAGGUGGCUGAUCGAUGGAAGUCCUUACGUUGUGCUCUUAGACAUUGCUGCCUCCGUUUGGAGUCUGGAUCAGUGGAAGACGGAGCUAUGGGAUUCAUGCAAUAUUGGAAUUCCCUGGUUUGACAAGGAAGCUAAUGAUGCAGUGCUGUUUGGGUUUAUCACUGCGUGGUUCUUGGGAGAAUUUGCAGCCCAGUGUGGGAGCGAGACCUUUCUCCUUGCACAUUUCCAUGAAUGGCUGUCAGGUAUUGGCCUCGUUUUGAGCCGCAUUCGGAAACUUCCUGUGGCAACAAUCUUCACAACACAUGCAACUCUGUUGGGACGCUACCUCUGUGCUGGGAACGUGGACUUUUACAAUAGCCUGAAAAAUUUUGAUGUAGACAAGGAAGCAGGUACGAGGCAGAUUUACCAUCGGUACUGCAUGGAGCGAGCUGCCGUACACUGUGCUCAUGUCUUCACCACGGUAUCGGAGAUAACCGCCAUGGAGGCCGAGCAUCUGCUCAAACGCAAGCCUGAUGUGGUCACUCCAAAUGGACUCAACAUAAAGAAGUUUUCUGCAAUGCAUGAAUUCCAAAACUUGCAUGCCCGCAGUAAAGGUCAUAUCCAGGAAUUUGUCAGAGGACACUUCUAUGGAUGUCUGAACUUUGACCUAGAUAAGACCCUGUUCAUUUUCAUUGCGGGAAGAUACGAGUUCUCCAACAAGGGUGCAGAUGUGUUUCUGGAAGCUCUGGCUCGUCUAAAUUAUCUACUCAAGGCAAACCGUAGUGAGGUAACUGUAGUUGCAUUUUUCAUCAUGCCUGCGAAGACCAAUAACUUCAAUGUUGAAACUCUCAAGGGGCAAGCAGUACGGAAACAGCUUUGGGACACUGCAAAUGUGAUCAAAGAAAAGUUUGGCAAAAAGCUUUAUGAGUUGCUCUUGGAAGGUGAGAUGCCUGAUAUAAACUCAAUUCUGGAUCGUGAGGACUUCACUAUGAUGAAGAGAGCCAUAUAUGCCACUCAGCGCCGUUCAUUGCCUCCAAUUUGCACACAUAACAUGCUGGAUGAUUCCAGUGAUCAAAUUCUCAAUGCAAUCCGAAGAAUUGGAUUGUUUAACAACACAAGUGAUAGAGUCAAGGUCAUCUUUCACCCUGAGUUCCUGUCGUCCACCAGCCCACUGCUUCCUUUGGAUUAUGAAGAGUUUGUACGUGGUUGCCAUUUGGGUGUGUUUCCUUCCUAUUACGAGCCAUGGGGGUACACUCCUGCGGAGUGCACAGUGAUGGGUAUUCCCAGCAUCACCACCAACCUCUCUGGUUUUGGAUGCUUUAUGCAGCAGCACAUUGCUGACCCAGCCGCGUACGGGAUUUACAUACUCGAUCGUCGUUUUAGAUCUCUGGAUGACUCGUGCAAUCAGCUGACCUCAUUUAUGUACAGCUUCUGUCAACAGUCCCGUCGACAGCGCAUCAUUCAGAGGAAUCGCACUGAGCGCCUCUCCGAUCUGCUGGAUUGGAAGUACCUGGGAAGGUAUUACGUCCAUGCAAGACAACUCGCCUUAGCCAAAGCUUUUCCAGAUUCCUUUACUUCAUCUCUCUGGGAGCCAGAGGUGAGUGAAGGUUUUUGUUACCCAAGGCCUGCCUCCAAACCACCUUCUCCUGCUACAUCCCUCCAUUCCAGUCCCUACCACAGUGAAACAGAGGAUGAUGAAGAAAGAUACAACGAAGAGGAAGAAGCUGAGAAAGACCGAAUGAAUAUAAAGCCGAUUGCUAUGAUCAGUUCAAAAUUAGAGAAAAGAAGGGUGAAGAAAAAGAGUCAAGCCACUGAGCCCAGUUCCCCAGGAAGCCUUAACUACAGCUCAAGUGACCCUGAAAACCAUAGUGACUUGGGAACAGAGGAAAGAAACUAGAGCCCUACACAAAAUUGUUUACAACUGCAGAGCUGCUGCAUCAUACCAGUUCUACAGUGAGGAUUAAACAGAGGGUUAGAUUGUGUGCUGAGUUUGAAUGAGUUUUGGCUGUUACAGUAAAAUUUCCAAAUGCAUAGUAUCCUCAGAGUUCAUGCUUCCAAGCCAUGAGACACAGAAGUAAAUUGGAAGUUCAGCCAACGUCACUGAAAUCAUUAUUAGACAUUUCUGGAAAAUCUCUUCAAAACUUGAUGAGUUCAAAACAAGAUGGGUGACAAACCAAAAUAGUCAGACUGAUUGAAAUGGGAUAGCAAACCCACACAGUUAGUUAGACUGAACAGAAUCUGCACAUGUGCCCUGUUGCGUGCUUCUCUCUACAAAUUAGUACAUCUUCAUGUUUCUUACAUAAGUUUACAGCAGAGGGUAAAUUUGAAAUGGAUAAUUCAGCAUCCAGAACUGGACCUGCAGAAGAUGGGUUACUUUUAGUGAAUUGCACAACUGAAAUCAUUUGCACAUGGCAAGUUUUGCACGCUAUAAAACAUGAAGAUUCGGUUUAAAUAAUUCAUAACCAUUAGCAGAACUCCACUGUAUAGACAUCAACUCAAAAGACUCUCCAUUAAUCACUCUCCUGUUUUAAGGAUCUGAUAGACGUUAUUACAAUCAAGUGGAAAAUAUGCAAAGUUAAUUUGUUGAUUGCAGAAUGUAUCUUUUACGAUUUUUAAGAAAAGCUGUGUUCCUGGUUUUAUAUUUUAAUAUAAUAAACAGGUAUUUGUUUAGGGUAGUACUUUCUUCAAAGCAUUAAGCAAAAAGGUGAAUCCACAAAGAUCAUGUGUGAAUGUUAUGUGUGAAGGUUUUAUUGUACCUCCUUCCUGGAGUUACAUCUCUAGCCUGGAGUAGCCCCACCAGAAAUUGUAGGGCUGCAACAUUGGAUUGGUCUAAAAUCACCAACUCUGGAAGUGUAUAUAUUCUCCUCACUCUCAUUAUUGAACAACCAGCCAAUACUUAAGGUGCUCAUAAGGAGAAUGGUUGUUUGAGUACAGUCAGGGACACCACCAAUGUCUAUGAAGCUGCAACGUAGCUUGUACCAGUGCUCCCAGGGAACAGUCCAAACAAUGUAGAAAGAGAAAGUCUUUUGUUGAGUUAGAUGUGGCACUUUAAAAAAAUAAAUAACAGGAAUGCAACUCCUUUUCAAGUCUAAAAAGAAAUUGAGAAAUUUACAGUUUAUGAUAUUUUUUCAUGGUAAACUUGCAAUCCAUAUGUUGAGUGUGUCACUGUACCUUCUCUCUGCAGAUUCUUAUGACUCUUGCUGCUGUUCAUUUUGGGUGUGUGUUCUCUGUUGAAGACAAACUUGAACUUAUAUGUAUCAGUUACUAAGUAUACUCUUUGGCAGUGACAGGUGAAACAAUGUGAGAAAGUUACUGUAAAGGCAUGCAAAUAAAAAGAGUUACU